CUUCAAUUGGUUGCAGAAAGAAGUGAAUAAACGACCAACACACAACGUCGUCAGAUAAGUCAGAAACUUACCAAAAAUAACUAAUACAAAAUGUCUUCUUGCAAUCUUUCCCUGGACGGCAGCUUUCCUCCAUCCCCGGCGGAGGACAACAGGGUUUCGCAGCGGCUGUCCUGGGGCAGUCUGCUGCACAGGCUGACUGAGCUGAAGGGGAUCAGUCAGAGAGUCACAACAGAUCAUCAGUGCUGCAGGAGUGAAACUGGAUCUGUGUCAGAUGAGUUCCUGACAGAGUCAGAGAGCAGUUUCUUUUGUUACCCCUUGGAGGAGACUCUGGCUACAGAGGUUGUGACCACCAUCACACAAAGUCUCAACGAUGCAUCACACAUCCUGGGCUGCUCCAAACUCAUCUUACCCGACUGCCUUCUGCACAAUAUCAGCCAAGAGCUGCUCCACCUGGCUGUCAGCGAGCCCUGCGGCCUCAGGGGAGCACUCAUAGACCUGUGUGUGGACAGGGGGGACCAGGACUCCCUAUGUACUGUAGAUCAAAUAGCAGUAGAUUCAACCCUGGUCCCGACCUUUCAUGUGACCCUGGUGCUGAGGUUUGAGUCCAGCGGGCUGUGGCCAAAGGUUCAGAAGCUCUUCAAGGGAAGCAAGUCCCCGCAGACACCGGCAUCAUCUCCAAGACACAGACACACUCUGAGGCUGAGUACGAGCUUCAGGGCUAUCAAGAAGAAACUAUAUUGUUCAGGGGAGCUGCUGAUUGAGGAGUGCUGCUGACCAAGCACUCCUGCUACUGAUAAGCUGAACUCAAUUCAUGAAAAGAGGCUGGUGGGUCAAGUACUGUCUCUGUAAUAAAAUGUAAUUCUACACAUGUCAAACAGCACUGACAACAUGUUCCUGUCUGUUGCUGUAUUACAAGGUUUCUCUGGAACCGACUUAUGUCUCAUGGCAGCUAUUCACCUGGUUACAGGUGACUGAAAAGUGAAGACUCAUGUUUGAACAUGAGUUAGUGUCUUACCUGUGAAUGUACAGUCACACCCUUAAGGGAAUGAAUCAUGUAUUUGAUAGUCAAAUAUUAUCAUCUGAAACUUGCGUGUUUUGAAUUUUUAACAACUUUUAAAAAAACCUGAAUAAAUUAUUUUCCAUUAA